UGAACCACUUCUCAAAAUGCCAGCAGAACCAGCCAAGGCCGGUAAGAAAGGCUCCAAGAAAGCCGUUGUCAAGGCUACCAAACCCAAGAAGGGAAGGCGUAAGACCAGGAGGGAGAGCUACUCCAUCUACGUGUACAAGGUACUCAAACAGGUCCACCCCGACACCGGGAUCUCAUCCAAGGCUAUGAGCAUCAUGAAUUCCUUCGUCACUGACAUCUUCGAGCGCAUCGCCGGCGAGGCUUCACGUCUGGCGCUCUACAACAAGCGCUCCACCAUCUCCUCCAGGGAGAUCCAGACAGCUGUCCGCCUGCUCCUCCCCGGAGAGCUGGCUAAACACGCUGUGUCUGAGGGAACCAAGGCUGUGACCAAGUACACCAGCUCCAAGUAAAUUGCUUGUAAUGAUCACAAGCCAAUCCAACGGUCCUUUUCAGGGCCAUUUCAAACAUCUAACGAGUCCUUCAUUCAUGAUCAUUGUGCAGAUGUACAUAUUUUACCUACAAGCAGGUUGUGUGGAAAAUAUAUUAAACGCUUCAAAAUUGCUAUCAAAUUGCAUUUAAUGUCAUUUAGAAGAAGAAAAAAAACGUAUUUGUUGCUUCUAUUACUUUUUCUCGCCAUGGCUAACACCUGCGAUGCGAGAGACCAGGCGAAUUCUACCUUGAGCUGCUUCUGGUAGACCAGAUUGAAAUUAUAGUUAGGUUUGGUAGAGGGAAGCCACGUAGCAGAUGUGGUUUUGCUGCACUUCAAUUAAGGCACCCCGAGUUCCUCAUGUCUUGCCCUUUGGC